UGAAGAGACUUUUGCACUUUCGGUUCCUGCUCCUCGUACUACAAUGGCGUCUGCUGACCUGAGGGCCGAGCUGGACUGCUCCAUCUGCCUGAGCCUCUAUACAGACCCCGUAUCCCUGAGAUGUGGACACUACUUCUGCCGCUCGUGUAUUGUGAGUGCGCUGGAUGCACAGGAGGCAGCUGGAGUGUAUUCCUGUCCUGACUGCAGAGCAGAAUAUCCGGAGCGUCCGGCCCUGGAGAAGAACAGGAAGCUGGGGAACAUAGUGGAGCGUUUCUCAUCUGCUCAGCCUGAUAUGGAGGAGACCGGGAUCUUCUGUACUUACUGUACUAAGUCUCCUGUCCCGGCUGUGAGGACAUGUCUGCAGUGUGAGAACUCUCUAUGUGACGACCACCUGACAGCCCACAACAAGACAAUGGAUCAUAUAUUAACAGAACCCACCAGAUCCUUGGGCAUCAAAAAAUGUUCCCUCCACAAGAAGGUUCUGGAGUAUUACUGCCCGCAGGACGCGGUUUGUUUGUGUGUGUCCUGCUGUCUGGUCGGCGAGCACAGGGGACACCAGGUGGAACUUCUAGAUGAGGCGUCUGAGAAGAAGAAGAAGAAACUGAGGAAAUAUCUGGAGGAACUAAACCCACAAAAAGCAAAAAUUCAGACGAAACUUCAGAAUCUGCAGGAUCGUCAGAGGAAUAUCCAGGAGAAGGCCUCUGAUAAGAGGAGGAACGUCAGGAAGUUAUUUAUGGACAUUACGGAGCAACUGGAAAUGGCAGAAAAGAAAGCGCUGAGCGAGAUCUCCAGGCAGGAGGAGAAGAUUGUGUCCCAGAUAUCUGAUCUGAUCAAGAAGCUGGAAAUAGAGGAGGACGAGCUGUCCAGGAAGAUGCGUCACGUGGAGGAGAUGUGUCAUGUCACCGACCCAAUAAGACUCCUACAAGAAAGUGACAUUACAGUACGUGGUCAUGGAGAUGAUGAGGACAAAGGGGGAGAUGGUGGAGAGGGCAGGUCUGAGGAUGAUCUGGAUGAGGUUCUGAUCUCACUGACCUUACACCGAUCUAUGAGGGAUAUUGUCACCAAUGUCACAUCAGAGCUCGGGCUCCAUGUUCCAGACAUAUUGCUGGAUGAGGACACUGCUCAUAGACGUGUGAAGAUAUCAGAAGAUCUGAAAACAGCAACAACAACAGAAGAAGAACAGAACAGACCAGAAUCACCGGGAAGGUUCCUGUAUUAUGCCCAGGUGUUAAGCAGAUGUGGCCUCUCCUCAGGAAGACAUUACUGGGAGGUAGAGUGGAACCAGAAAGGGAGAUGUGAGAUUGGACUGUCCUAUCCCAGUAUAGAAAGGAAAGGAUGGCGGUCUGGUAUUGGAUGUAAUGAUAAAUCUUGGUGUCUGGCUAUGUCUGGUGCAGGAUGUACAGUGCGUCACCGCUCAGUCAGAUCCCCCCUCAGUGUAGAUACAACAUGUCCUAGACUUGGGGUCUUCUUAGACUAUAAGGCCGGGCGUCUGUCCUUCUAUCAGCUGUGUGACCCCAUCAGUCACUUACACACCUUCACCGCCUCCUUCUCUCAACCCCUACAUGUUGUCUUCUGUGUGCAGGAUGGAGCCUCUGUUAGAAUAAUAAGCUGAGGCCGAUGCGUCCACGUCCCGUUAUAAUCUCCGCCUAUAAGUCACUAUAUAGCGCUGUA